AUGGUGUGGGCAAUUUUGGUAAUGACAUUUGCAGUUGGCCCGCUUUUAGUCUUCCUAUACAAGUCCAAUGCCAGGCCUUUUGUGCGAUACAAACAGAGAAACGUAGCAAGCGUAGGAUCAAACGACGAGCUUCGAAUCCUUGCAUGUGCUCACAACUCACGCAAUGUGUCAGGCAUUAUCAAUCUCCUUGAGGCUUCUAAUGCAACCAAAAACUCCCCUCUUCAUGUUCUUGCUGUCCACCUUGUGGAACUAACCGGGCAUGCUUCGGCGAUGUUGGUAGUGCACGGUGCUUGUAAGACCAAUGAUGUACACUUUCCCUACAACUCGUCGUCCCCCUCAAGUGGCUUUGAAACAUAUGCCAAACAUAGAGAAAAUGUCACUGUGCAAACACUCACGGCAGUGUCUCAAUACUCCACGAUGCACCGGGACAUAUGCAACCUGGCCGAGGAGAACCGUGUUGCCAUAAUCAUCAUCCCGUUCCACAAGAAAUCCACCAUAUUGGUUGGAGGAGUGACACCAGAUCCAAACAACUCACAUCUAAGGAGGCUCAACAACAACUUGAUCGCAAAUGCGCAGUGCUCUGUGGGUGUUCUUGUGGAUCGAGGCCUUGGUGCAUUCAACUACUCUUACCCUCAAUGCCGCUAUUCCAUGCUCUUCUUUGGAGGGGUAGAUGACCGCGAGGCAUUAGCGUAUGUCGGUCGGAUGGCUGGACAUCCCAAGGUUAACCUAACAGUCAUAUCGUUUAAUAUUAUGAGUGAAAAUGAAGCAAAAGCGUGCUCUAAUGAUAAUGAUGAUCGUACUGAUGGGUUUCUGAAGGCACUGGCAAGCAUUGGGAGGGAAAAAAAACUGGACGAGUUGUUCUUGGAUGAGUUUAGGCUGAGGUCAAUGAAUGAUGCCUCCAUAAAAUUUGUAGAGAAUUGGGUGACGAGUUGGGAACAAAUUCUCUCGCUAAUACAAUCCACGGAAGGUGAAUAUGAUAUGUUCAUAGUGGGUAGAAGACAUGGAGAAAUGCAAGAGGCCAUCAGCACAACGUUGCUGGAUGACGAUGACUCUAAUGACAUUGGAGUUCUUGGAGAUGCAUUGGUAUCUUCAACCUUCACAGCUAGUACAUCCAUUCUAAUUGUGCAACAAGGUAGCCAUUUGGAUUAUAAAUGA